AUGAACGGAUCUCCCACACCUAAGCGAUAUUCAUCCAAAUCUUCAAGACUCUACGACGACUAUUACAAUAUCCCAUAUCAAUAUUCCAACCCAAUUCCAAUGAAUAGAGACUACAACGACAUAGGUUCACGCAUGAAUGCCGAUAAGCUCGUGCCAGAGGAGUACAAACGGAACACAGAAUUUAUCAACAAAGCUGUCCAACAAAACAAAGAGCUGAACUUCAAACUGAGAGAAAAGCAAAACGAAAUAUUUGAGCUCAAGAAGAUAGCUGAAACUCUACGCUCGAAAUUGGAAAAAUACGUCGAUAUCACCAAAAGGCUCGAAGACCAAAACCUCAAUCUACAAAUAAAGGCAAACGAUUUGGAAAAGAAACUUUCUGAGGCCAACGUGAUUAUCAAAGAUAGACGCUACUCCAAUAUCAAGGAGCCAGUGGUUGAUGAAAAUGUCAUUUCUCAGGACUACGAUCAAAUAAAUGUACCUAAAAACAGACCUCCAGAUGCAGGAAUCAAUCCCCGCUCAAACAACAAGGCCUAUAAUGGUUCGGAACAAGAUAAUAGGCUAAAAGCGAUUGAAAAAACUCUUUCAGUCCUUACAGAUUACGUCAUGAGGACAGAAGAGAGUAAUAAUGAUAGAGCAUCCUUGCCAUCUCCUUUGAAUACGAUGUCGCCAAUAAAUAAUCGUUUGAAUUUUCAAGAAGCAAAAAAAUACAACCCCACGCUCAAAUCAAAUCCAUCGGAUGAUGACAUUAUGAUGUAUGAGAGCGCAGAAUUAAAGCGUGUUGAAGAACAAAUAGAAGAGUUAAAGAGGAAAAUACUGGUAAGAAAAAAACAUGAUCUAAGGAAACUGUCUCUAAAUAACCAGCUUCAAGAACUACAAAAUAUUAUGGAUGGCGAUGAAAACGUAAAAGAAGACAAUCCAUCGAAACACAACAAGGCGCACCACAGUACGCAUCAUCAUCCUUCACAUUCCCAUCGGGAUUAUUCACCAUCUUCUAAUGCUUGCUUAGAGUGUUCUGCCAAUGAGCUGUACGAGAAAAACAAAGGUAAGUCAGAGAUUAAUUUAUCUGAGACGUUUGCAACUCCCACUCCUAACAACCGAUAA